AUGGCGAUCCGUCUGGCUCCCAUCUCCCCACUUGGAAGCCUGAGACGACAGGCGUUCAUGAAGAAUAGUUCCAUCACUACAACCAUCCUAUCCAUCACUGCCCCUGGUGCUUCCGUCCUUCAUGGUGAAGGUGGACGCCAAUUAGCGCGAAAGGCUAAUAAUUAUGCCGCCGCGUUGCGGGAUGAGAACCCGGAUCGCUAUGGGUUUUUCGCUGCGCUCCCUUCCCUGUUGGACCUGGAAGGCUGUCUCGACGAGAUACGACAUAGCCUAGAUAUCCUCAAAGCCGAUGGCAUCACAUUAUUCACCCGAUACGGAAGUGAAAAUUUAUAUCUCGGAAAUGUCGCCUUUGCUCCUAUUUGGCAGGAGUUGAACCAACGGCAUGCCGUCGUUUUUAUUCACCCAACUCAUGCCGUCGACACCAAUUUGGCCAGCCCUUCGUUGCCCCAGCCGAUGAUCGACUAUCCGCACGAAACCACCCGGACGGCCAUGGACCUCGUCUUGUCAGGCACAAAGCGCCGCUUCCCUAAUUGUAAAGUGAUUCUUUCUCACGGGGGAGGCACCAUGCCCUACCUCGCCACCCGGGUCGCCAACCUCGUGAAAGGGACACCCAUGGGAAAGACCACUUUGCAGCCGUCGGAAAUUAUAGAAGACUGCAAGUCCUUUUAUUUUGAUCUCGCACUGUGUGGAUCUCACCACACCAUGCGACUUCUCCUGGAUUUCGCAUCGCAUGAUCGUAUCCUAUAUGGAAGUGACUUUCUCUACGCGGGUGAAGAGGGCAUCCGGUCCUUUUCCCAUGACCUAGAUUCCUUCCCGAUGGACGAGACCUUGCGCAACAAAAUUUACUUCCUGAAUGCUAGAGCAUUGCUGCCUCGCUUCUCCCCGACUUGA